AUGGUUUCUGAGUCCUAUCUGAUGAAUAUUCCUGAACUGGUAAUGAAUAUUAUUCUCGACAAGCUGGAUUUCAAGUCUGUUCAAACCCUCCGAAAAGUGUGUCGAGACCUUCGAGAUUUCAUCGAUGACCAAAAACCUGACCCAAGAAUAGAAGAGAUUACGGUAUGCGCUCUAGAAUCUGGAGAUUUGAAAUUCUGCUAUAAAAAUCUCCAAGCGGAUGUUUUCCUAUGCUACCAAACACGAGAUGGAGGAGAAUGUGUAUUGGUUUAUGAAGACGUUGCAAGGAUUCUGAAGGGAGAAGAAAUAGUGUUAAAAAUAGCAUUCAAAGAUUUUGAGACAAUUUUAAAACAUCAAAGUUCAACUCUGAAAGUGCUGAAAUUACAUUCAAACCACUUCGAUAAUGUGCUGGACAUUCUCAAAACCGUACUGGAAUCCAGGAACCAUCGUCUGAAAGUUGAGACGCUAGUCACGGACCAAGUUAUGAAGAUUUUGCCUUUUUUGGAUCCUGAUUCUCUUUUGGAACUCAAUUUAUUCGGGUCAACAGAUCAACCCAUAAGAACUAUGGAAAUCCUGGAAAUCGACGAGCUAGCAGAACUAGAGAUUUGGCGUAAAAUCAAAGAGCUCUCGAUUUGGGACUGCUAUGUCCCAAGUGCCAGUCUGCAAUCAUUUAUUCAUUUUUCGAAAUGUUCAAUCGACGUGGAAUUGGUUGAUUUAGAAGAUGUUCUACUUUUGAAGGAGACCCUCCUUCAAUCUCCUACAUUCAAAAAAUUCCGUCUUUACUACACUUCGUUCCCUGAUAUUCAACAAUUCUUUGAUACAAUGGGACCACCGAUUAGGGAGCCCCAGUCCAGCGAAUUAUGCAAAUCUUGGAAAUUUCCAGACUCUCAAUUUUUAAUAACUCAUGUAGUUAACUGUGAAAAACCAAAGAUUUUAUUUUUGAGACAAUAA